CACAUCAAGGACAAUAUACAGACUGCUUUCUUUUAUAUUUCUAACCCACAAAAAAAGAAACUAAAGCUUCAGUCCUUGUAUCGAAGACUGGAAACACAAACCCACAUAUUCUCUCUCUCUCUCUCUCUCUACUCAAUUUAUUCUUCCAAAAGUUUUAAAAUUUGCAUGUUUUGAUCACAACCCAGUAUUUAUUUCUCACACCCACAUGGGUUAAACUCUAAAGGCGCAACCCCAUUUGUGUGUUUUUUUAUUAGCUCAUGCCUGGAAGUUGUAGGAGAAGAACAUAACCCAAGAAGGUAUUAGAAGCUUAGAGAGAGAGAAAGUCUAGAGAGAGAAGUGUGGUUUUUAGUUAUUCCGGGGUUUGGAGCUUUGGAAAUGGUGAGAGAGUGAAUUGGGUUUCUUAGAAUGGUUACUUUGUGUUGGAUGGAUUCAGUGGGAGGUGUGCUUCCAUGGACAAAAACUAAGAAUAAUUGGUGUUAUUUUUUUGAUCACAGAAGAAGACAACACCAAUGUACACAACAAACACAAACAGUUUUAGUAGAACAAACAACGCAUACAAAUCACUCAAACAUGGCUUCUAGCUGUUGCCGAACCUCACCAAUCAUUCCUAUUUUUGUUUGCUUUCUUCUUUUUACUUCCUUUGUUUGUCCGGUCCUAUCUUCUGAAUCCGGCGACUACCAUCGAGCCAACCAGACUUUCCGGCCAGGCGAAGAGUCGACGAAGUUGAAAAUGAUCAGAACCCAUCUCAACAAGAUCAAUAAACCUGCUGUCAAGACAAUUCAGAGUCCUGAUGGUGAUCUGAUAGAUUGUGUGGUAUCUCAUCGACAACCAGCUUUUGAUCAUCCACAAUUGAGAGGACAAAAGCCAUUGGAUCCACCGGAGAGGCCAAAAGGCCAUAAUCCGAGAGGCAUGGUAUCGGAAAAUUUCCAGUUAUGGAGUCUGUCUGGUGAAUCAUGUCCAGAAGGAACAAUUCCAGUUAGAAGAACAAGUGAGCAAGAUAUUCUCCGAGCCAGUUCCAUCCGAAGAUUCGGAAGAAAACUGCGAAGACCUCUCCGGCGUGAUUCUUCUAGCAAUGGCCAUGAGCAUGCAGUUGGGUAUGUAGCUGGAGAUCAGUAUUAUGGAGCUAAAGCCAGUAUCAAUGUGUGGGCACCCCGUGUCGCGAACCAAUAUGAAUUCAGCUUAUCACAAAUGUGGGUGAUCUCUGGUUCAUUUGGCGACGAUCUUAACACCAUUGAAGCCGGUUGGCAGGUGAGCCCAGAGCUGUAUGGAGACAACUAUCCUAGGUUCUUUACUUACUGGACAUCGGAUGCAUAUCAAGCAACUGGAUGCUACAAUUUGCUAUGCUCGGGUUUCGUUCAGACUAACAACAAGAUUGCGAUUGGGGCUGCAAUCUCUCCAACCUCAUCGUACGGUGGUGGACAAUUCGAUAUCAGCUUGUUGAUUUGGAAGGAUCCGAAACACGGAAAUUGGUGGCUGGAAUUCGGAUCAGGAGUUCUCGUGGGUUACUGGCCAUCAUUUUUGUUCACGCACUUGCGAGAUCAUGCAACCAUGGUACAAUUUGGUGGAGAAGUUGUUAAUAGUAGGCCAUCUGGGUCUCACACAUCGACCCAAAUGGGAAGUGGGCAUUUUGCUGGAGAGGGUUUUGGAAAAGCUUCCUAUUUUCGAAAUUUGGAGGUUGUGGAUUGGGAUAAUAGCUUAAUUCCACUAUCGAAUCUUCGGGUUUUGGCGGAUCACCCGAAUUGCUAUGACAUACAGGGAGGAAUUAACACUGUUUGGGGGAAUUAUUUCUAUUAUGGAGGGCCUGGAAGAAAUGCAAGGUGUCCCUAAAACACAGGGAUUAAAUUGUACAUGGCUUGGAAAUUUUCCUCUCUCCUCCCAUUUUUCCUUUCUUUUCUCUUCUUUGGGUGAUUUGGGUUCCUUUCAAAAUCUUUCUUAUUGGGUUUGGGUUAUUCUUAUAUAUUUUUUUCCUUUCUUAAUCCAUUUUUCUAACAGGCGAUCCAUUAAUUAAUUGUAAUGUAAAUUUCGAAAAAGAAAUAGUGAAUAUACUAUGGUUUGUGAUUUAAUUCCAUC